ACUUCCUAAAACUCGCUCCAUGGACAACCUGCUGUCAGCGUUUGAGAACGGGCUGCCUCUGACGCGCACGUCCAGCGACCCAAAUCUCAAUCAGCACUGCCAGGAGGGUCGCUCUGCCCCGGAGCCCUCGCCAGCCGCCGAGGAAACCUCCGCCGACGACUCCGAUGAGGUCACGCCUGACGCCGGACCGGACUCCAGCGAGGGGGAUCCUCUGCAUCAGAGUCCUGCCAAGACCCCUGAGGGCGUCCCGGCUGCAGAGAGCGGCGAGGACGCGGCGGAGGAGCCCUGUCUCACCACGCAGCCCCUCCCCUCUCUGCCUCUUCCCCCCGUCCCGCUCGGUCAGGACGCCGCGCUCGCUCACACUCCCUUCCCCGUGCCGGUCCUCCAGCAGGCCCUGCCUCAGAUCACUAACCCUCCGCUCCCUCCGCCGCCGCCGGAGCCCGAGAGCCCCUGUAGGACUGCUGAGACCACCACGUCGCCCUCUCACAAAUCAGAGCCGUGCUUACCUCUCCCCUGCAACGGCGAGCGGCCCGCAGCCGCCACCUCGCUGCUCAACGGCCACGCUGACCGCCAAUCAAACGACCUCCCGGCGUCGGCAGACCUGCUGGCUCUGAAGCAGCUCACGCCGCUCCUUCCCAUGGAGGACUCCACAGAGACUCUCACAGGGGAGGGAGAGGUGCCACCCGCCCCGCCUCCUGUGGCGAGCAUCACCCAGAAUCACUUUAACGACUCGCCCGAAUCGCCCCAGAGAGAGGACGAGAGCACAGACGCAGUGAAGGGAAGAGAGCGCGUGUUCGACUGCGCCCAGGUCGCAGCUCGCCAUCUGAUCUCCCAGAGCCAGCUCACGGACCUGUCGCUGCUCGGCUCCCACUGGGAGAGCGUGCAGGGUCUGGUCCAGUCCGCCUGCAGCGGCGCCAGCCACUCGGGCGCCGCCCGGGCCAACACUUACCAAAGCCGUCGACUUGCCAGCAAGCUGCUCCGUUCGCAGGCCUUCGCCAUCGCCAACGGGUCCCAGUGCUGCCGCCGAGAGGCUCUGUGUUACCCCAGCAGCCCCGGGUGGCUGUCCGCCGCCAGGAGUGUUGGCUACAGCGGCCUGUGUGGGCCCGCAGCCGCCGCCGCCGCCCUCAACAGCUACUCGCUGGCAGGCCAUCAGCUCCUCCCGGUGUCGUACUCCUCGCCCUCCGCCUCCAGCUCCCCUCCCCCUCCCCAGGCCCCGGCGUACUUGGAUGACGACGGGCUGCCGGUGCCCAUGGACGCCGUGCAGCAGCGGCUGCGGCAGAUCGAGGCGGGCUACAAGCAGGAAGUGGAGGUGCUGAGGCAGCAGGUGCGACAGCUGCAGAUGAGGCUGGAGAGUAAACAGUACGGCACGCCGCCCUCCGAGCCCGACAUCGACUACGAGGAUGACAUC